UCUUCUUCUAUCUAUCUAUCUAUUCACAUAUGAGCAAACCAGAAUCUGAAUCGAUGGCUUCUCGAUCUUCUUCUUCACCCCAAAAGGAGACAGAUAUAGAAAGAUUGUUUCUGUAUCUAGUUCAGCAGUGAAUGAUGAGAGAGAAGAGGUUAGGAGGAGACGUUAGACUUCGGUCUCCGCCUCGUGUAACUUUGCAAGGUGGACGGGACUAUUCGCUGCCGCGUGGGCGAUCACGAGACCAUAGAACUGGGUCUCCAAUUCGAUCCAGUGUGCAAGGUCGGGACUAUUCGUGGCGAGAGAGGCAUUCACACUUUGUUCCAGGUUUGAAUGAAAGGGAGAAGUCGAGGCGGGUUUUGGGUAGUGAGCAUCCCAGUGGUUCAUCACAGAGAAGAGAUUAUAGUAAGCAUUUGGAUGGAGAUGGAGACGGGGAAUUGCAAAAACUGUCCCAGUUUAACGAAGCUUUGUCACAAAGGGACUCACCGUCCUUGAAGUUCCAGUGGAAAUAUCUUUUAGACGAACACAAAAGAGUGAAUGAUAAUGUAAAUCACAGCUCGAAGAAUUUUCCUGAUUGUGGUGUUGGUAUUAUUAGUAGUACCAGAGUGAAUACUGAAAGGAAUUAUCAGGGCAUUGGAUUUGCAGAUACGGCCCGCUCUGGGAUGAUGGUGGCGAAACCCAUACAUAUGGAAAUCGGAAGGGACAGAACUUUCCCUGGAUACCUUCCUCCAAGUGGCACUCGGAGAAGUUCUGUAGACACUGAUAGUGGUGGCCUUUUAUUGCCAUCGCAAAAAUUGAAUAGCACUCUUGACAAGGACGAAGACAUUCGAUUCCAAGCCCACCUGCCUUCUGAUAAACUACCAGAAAGAGAAUUAUUGAAGGAGGAAGAUAUUUCUAAAUUCUACUCAAGGGAAGAGAAGACCCACUGCCACUCAAGGGAUACUUCUCAUUAUGCAAUACCAUCAUCUCAGUCCAAGACGUCGACCACUGUCCCUUUUGGAAGUUCAAUGAAUGAUUACCAUUAUUCCGGUGGCAAUGGUUACCCCAUUCGUUUGGAUGGAUUCAGUAGGAGUUCAGGAUUGCUUAAUGAUCCUAUUUCCCAUGAGGCGUAUACUCAUGAUUCACAUUCCAAUUCCUCCAGAGACCCUACCUUGCACCUAGAAGAUAUGACAAACUACAUGAAGGUUCAGCUUAGUCCGAAGGAGGGCACACAAAGGGGUUAUGCUUAUUCUGAAGUGCAAAGAAGUGAGAAGAGCGAUAUGGGUUCUCUGACUGAUAAACUUUAUGGGAAGAUGGUGAGUAUUGAAGAUGACUAUGGCCAUCGAGAGUCAUUAGGACCUAGAAUUGUGGAACCUAUCAUAGACAGGAUAGUUGUUACAGAAAGUUCUGGUAGAGAGCGACUGAUUGAAGGCAGACUACGGGACUAUCAUCGCUCUUCACAAGAACAGCCAAUUUCCAAUUAUCCUGAUGCAGCUAGAUCAUCAUAUGCAAGUAAGAAAGAGGGAGAAGAUUUAGGUCCUAGGAGUGUGCACCUCGAGUAUGAAAGAGAACUAUAUAGAGGCCAUGAAAACAUUUACUCUAGCGAAGACCAUGGUUAUGGAAUAGAUGAUCAUCUUCAUUCUGAUGAGGAAAGAUUGAAUAUGUCGUUGAUGGAAGAUUAUGAUCUUUGGUUAGACGGGGUUUAUGAUAACAAUCAAGACAGAUUCAUAGUAGAGGAACUAGGCUCUCUUGAGCACCCUAAAAGGAUGCUUAAAAGGAAAUGGGAUGUUGACAAGAAACUAAUUAGGCAGAACCCAGGAAGUAAGUUCUCAAGUAACAGGAAGAUCACUGGAAAAAUUCAUGAUACUAAGUCAAAUAAGCCACUGUUGAGUUCCUCACGAUACAGAAAUGUUGGAAAAACUUUCAAUGGGAUGGUUGGUCAUAGAAAUUGUAACUCUAAUGCAUCUGGUAGUCUGUCAGCAUGUAAUCCAAGGCGUUUAAAAUAUAGUUUUAGAGAUAUAAAGAAGAGACUGGGGCCUGUUCCUCAACAUGUUCAUAUUCCACAGCCUUCAGCAAAAAAAAUCAAGCUGCAGAAGUCCUUGAGAAACAAUCAAGAUGCUUAUCAUGGAAGUAUUCAUGCUGAAAGUAUUCAUGCUGAAGAGGGAGGCCCUUCAGAAGCUAAGCUCACCCCUGCAAAGUCUGAGCCACCUGAAAACUCUAAGGAGUUUAAGCAGCUGGUGCACAGUGCAUUUUUCAAAUUUGUCAAACAACUGAAUGAGAAUCCAGCGCAACGCAGAAGAUUGAAAGAGCAAGGAAAAAUUGGUAGUUUAAAGUGCAGUGUUUGUGGCAGGUCUGUCUUCUACAUUACGGUGUUUUUUUCUCCACCCCAUUGUUUGAUUGAAAUUAUUCCUACUCAUUCUGCUGCAAUCAAGUAAGUACGAUUUAACCUGAUUAUGGUUUCUUCAGCUUAUGGGAACUCAUGGUGAAGGUUUGCAUCAACUUAAGGGUUUUGCUUCUGUUUUUCAUGAAACUUCACUGUUUCAUGAAUAUUUUAAAUGUGGGAAGUAUUUGAAUUGCAUGAUUGGUAGGAUCUCUUCUAUUUGAUGGGAGGUCAACACUGAAUUUAAGAUCAUGAACACUUCGUUUAAGGGAAAUGCUACUGCAAUACAAGAUGUUGGAAGGUUCUUGGUUUUCAGUAUUUGCUCGAUGUAUCAUCUAUGUUGCUUUUGUGCAUCCAAUACUCUUCCUGUGGUUGGCAUCUGCUCAUAAGAACUGGGUCAGGGAUGACUCCUGUGUGUGUGUGUGUGUUGUUAUUGAAUUUUAUAAUGCUUGAAUAACAUAGAUUAGUGAAAGCGACUCCAUAUGACUUUCAGAUUGAGUGAAUGGAAAUGAUGGGGUUGCAAGAAAGUGAAAAAUAAAUGGAAGCUAAUUUCUCUUUCGGCUCUGAUUUGAGCAUGAAGAGGAGGUGUGACAUUAAAAAAAAAAA